CCCUCUCUACCAGGGUGGGUAAUAAAAAGAGCGGGUAACAUGCAGCAGAUACUCCCUAAGCGCGCGCACAUAUGCGCGGAGACGCGGCAAGUUCCGCCUGCAGACGCCGACGGCGCUACUGCCCCGACUCGCCAGCAAGAGCUCCGCCGCCUGCAGCUCCAGGAAUGGCGCGCGUGCGCCCACCCGUGCCGUCACAGUCACGUGCUGAGGCGUUCAGCGUGGGCCGGGAGGCAGGCUUUGACUGACAGGCUGGGUGACUUGUCAUCGGGAAGCAAUCUCCGGGCUUCGGGCGCAGAGGUUGUUGAUUGGAACUCCCCCAGCCGGGGGCGGGCUCUUCGCCGUCCUGGUUACUAUGACGCCCGGCCCCCGCCCCCUCGGCUGGCCGCCAUCUUGUUGUUGAUCCGUACCCAGUGGGCAGAGCCGGGAGCUGGACCGAGCGGCCGGUGCGGGGCCGCUGCUGCGGGGCUCAGCUACUGCGCCGCCUGCCAGGGGGCGGGCCGAAGCUUGGAGGCCCGGGGGCCCAGCUCCCGGGGGGAGCCGCGGGCGCCCGCUGCCCAGGCCGGGCCGCAGCUCUGCAGGGAGCACCCUGGGACCUCCUGCUGCCUCCGGCCGCCAGCUGGUGGAGGGCGCGCAGCCUGGGCUUCGUGUUGUCAUCAGCAGAACAGGAGAGCAGCCACUUCCUGGUUGGCCAGUGCUUGAAAGAGGAAUAAGCUGAGCAGACGCCCACUGUUGGCUUUUGAUUUGCCAAGGCCUGUACCCACGCUCCUCUCGCGGCCCAUGUGCUGCAUCCUCUGCCCUCAGUGUGCAGCCGGCCCCCAACGCAAUGUGUGUUUGUCAAACCAUGGAAGUGGGGCAGCAUGGCAAGAAUGCCAGCCGGGCCGCAGACCGGGGAGUCCUCCUGGAGCCCUUCAUCCACCAGGUGGGUGGGCACAGCAGCAUGAUGCGCUACGACGACCACACCGUGUGCAAGCCCCUCAUCGCCCGGGAGCAGCGCUUCUACGAGUCCCUCCCUCCUGAGAUGAAGGAGUUCACCCCUGAAUACAAAGGUGUGGUGUCUGUCUGUUUUGAAGGAGACAGUGACGGUUACAUCAACUUGGUGGCCUACCCCUACGUGGAGAGUGAGGCCGUGGAGCAGGAUGCCACCCCAGAGCGGGAGCAGCCUCGGCGCAAACACUCGCGCCGGAGCCUGCACCGGUCAGGCAGCGGCAGUGAGCACAAGGAGGAGAAGGCCACCCUGGCCCUCGAGGCCUCCGGGAGCUCUCAGGAGGCAAAGGGCCCGAAGGUGGAGCUGCACGGCCACUCAGACGUUCCUUUCCAGAUGCUGGACGGCAACAGUGGCCUGAGUUCUGAGAGGAUCAGCCACAACCCCUGGAGCCUGCGCUGUCACAAGCAGCAGCUGAGCCGCAUGCGCUCCGAGUCCAAGGACCGGAAGCUCUACAAGUUCCUCCUGCUUGAGAACGUGGUGCACCACUUCAGGUACCCCUGCGUGCUGGACCUGAAGAUGGGCACGCGGCAGCAUGGGGACGACGCUUCAGCCGAGAAGGCGGCCCGGCAGAUGAGGAAGUGUGAGCAGAGUACAUCGGCCACACUGGGCGUCAGGGUCUGUGGCAUGCAGGUGUACCAGCUGGACACAGGGCAUUACCUCUGCAGAAACAAGUACUAUGGCCGUGGGCUCUCCAUCGAAGGCUUCAGCAGCGCCCUCUACCAGUACCUGCACAACGGCCUGGACCUGCGGCGUGACCUUUUUGAGCCCAUUCUGAGCAAACUGCGGGGCCUGAAAGCUGUGCUGGAGCGGCAGGCCUCCUACCGCUUCUACUCUAGCUCCCUGCUUGUCAUCUAUGACGGCAAGGAGUGCCGCGCCGAGUCCUGCCUGGACCGCUGCUCUGAGGUGCGUCUCAAGCACCUGGACACGGGGCUCCCUGAGGGAGCAUCGCCCAGCACCAGCACCAGCGGCGCCUGCCCCGAGGUGGGCCUCUCCUCCCCACCCAAGGUGGACGUCCGCAUGAUUGACUUUGCACACAGCACGUUUAAGGGCUUCCGGGAUGACCCCACCGUGCAUGACGGGCCGGACCGAGGCUAUGUGUUUGGCCUGGAGAACCUGAUCAGCAUCAUGGAGCAGAUGCGGGACGAGAACCAGUAGGUCCAGCUCUGGGCCCCCAGGACCCUUCCCUCCCCACCUGCAGUCAGGGACCACUGCUCUGACUGAACUCGCUGUGAGGACCCACAGAUUUGCUUUUAAAGGGUUAUAUUUCUCUUUGGUGUAAACUAAAAGAAAUGUUUUUAGCUGUAGCCUGGAAUCCAUAUACAUAAAGUGAAGGAGGCCAGAACGCAUACCCUCUCAGCCAGGCUUCUUAGCUCUGCGGCUUUGCUGUGUCCAGGCUGACCUAGGAAGGAGGAGGUGCCCCUGGGGGGCUUGGAGGCAGGGCCAGGGUGCCUUGGACAUUGGUUUCCCUUGCUGAGGUCUUUGGGAUCUGUGGCUGCAGGGCCCAUUGGUUGCCAUGCCCAUUUAGCUCUUGUUCAUCAGAAUUAGAGGGGCUGAGUGGCACUCCUUGGCACAUGAACCUGCUCCUCUUCUGCCUGCACGUCCCAGUCACCCUUGCUCCCCGAGGUCCUCUUGCCCCACUGAAGGGGGCUCCUGCUUUCUGCCUAGGAGUCUGUCCCAGCAACCCCAGGCCCUGUGGCUCUCGUGCAGACAGUGGAGUUCUUGUGCCGGGGGUGGGGUCCCCUGGGUACGGGCCUUGCGGCCUCUGGGUGGGCUGCCCUGCCCGGUGCUCAGGCUGUGGUCCGCAGGCCUCCCCUUUCCCCAGGCCAAGCUCGAGGCAACAUCCCAUCGUGAGGAGCUCCAGGCUUGCGAGGGAGAACUUCCAGUCCAUCUGCUCGUAGGGACACUGCGUGGGCCCUGGUACAGGCACCUGGAUUUUGCUGUGAGAGUUUGGGGCCCCCGUCUCUUCAUAUCUCGGCCAGCCACUCUCUUGGUCCCUUUCCCUGGGGUAUGGCCUUGCUCAUUAGUGAUACUGAUUUCCUUCACGCUUUCCUCAGCAAAAUGCCCAGCCCUUUCCGAGGUGAGCUUUGACUGUGACCUUCCUCAGCAGGUGCUGUUUUUAUAAAAACGUGGAAGCAAAAGCAGUGGUAGGAAGUGUUGCCCUGCUGCCCAGCUCCCUCUCUGUGGGCCUGGAGUGUGGCGACACGGGCAGUGGUACAGUGAAGGCCAAGGGCCAGCCCCUUCCUUUCCCGUGGUUUUAGUAAUUUUUGCUGCCAGCCCUUUAUGGCACAGAGACCUGCCGCUUCCAGCACGUGGCCAGGUGGCCCUGCAACUCACCUAGCCGUUGCUGGCGAUAACGCUCUCACCUGAGCCGGUGCCACAGUCAUGAUCCCUUUGGCAUGUCCCUGUUUGGGCAUUAAAAGUGAGCCUGCCAGCCUGUGUCUGUGAGAGGCCUCGCUAACUGAUGGACUGAUUUCCUGGUCCUUAGAGAUGCAGCCUCAUGCGUCUUCAGUGGGCUCCUUGUUAGAUCCCCAUGUCGGCUCUCUGACUCUGGGGCCUGUUCCUUGGGGCUGGGAGGGGCAGCUUGCAGGUUUCUGGUCAGGAAUGACCAUCUCCUCUCCUCUUAUCUGUGGCUUCAGCCAUAGGAGCAGGCAGGGGCUCUUUGUUAGCCAUUUCCUGGCAGGGCAGAAGCUAAGACAGUCUGGGGCCACUUGGAAUCCCCUUGACAGAACCCAUUCAGCUUGGGGAGGUGCUGUGCCUCCUGAGUUCCUCGUUCUGGGAGCACAUGCUGUCCUGUGCUGCUCCUCACAGCCAGAGAGGUUGUAGUUACAUUCAGUGUUUUCUUGGCAGAAGGGCCUGGGAUUUGCUGCUUCUCCCCCAGGGCAGAGCCUUUUUUUUCAGCACUUCUAAUAUUUGGAGACCCAGAUGUUGCCUGGCUGGUGGUGGGUGUGUGUGUACUGUACUCUGCCACUACUUUCUCCCUGCCAGGCCCUGCCUUCUAGCCCCAACUUGGGACCAAAGUGCAAGGUGGGAUUACAGGACGCUCACGUGACCCCAAUGUGCUUCCCUGGGCCAAGAGGACACUAGUCCUCUGGGCUUAAAGAGGAAGGGGACCAGUGUCCGCAGCUUGCCAGGGACCCCACCCCCGCCCCCCUCACCUGGGGACCUGUGCGUUGGGUGUGGGGAUUCUUCCUGUGGGGCCAAAGCCCUGGGCUAGGUCAGUAGCCCCUGCCCACUUGCUCUCACCCGGCCACGUGCCCACCCCUAGAUGCAGACUGCUUUGAACUACAGCUGUUCGACUUGGUUUUGUCGCGCCGACGUAAAAAAAGUGUUAACAAGGAAAGCAAUGGGAGCACCCUGGGGAGGACCAGGCUCCUGAGCUUCCGCGCCUCCAGGAUCGGCCCUGCGCUCCACCUGGAAGCCCCCGCCACCUGCGCCUUCUCUCGGGACCUUGCCUGCGGGGGUGCUGGGCCGCGGCCGCGCCUAUGUGUACACCCAGCGUCGGGCCGCCUGUGUCUGAGGUCUUGUAUGUCAAAAUAAAGCCGCUACAAACUG